AUGUCGAUAACAAAGCAAGAAGAGGCCCAUGUUCGGCGUGAAGAACCUCUCGGAGAAAUCCUGAGUACUCCGUUGGAUUUCGCUAAUGAUAGACAGUCAGAUAGACCCCAUAUAGUCACACGAGAGUCUAAUAUAAACGUUACUAGUAUCGGCAAUGUUAAUACCUCGGGAAGGCCUAAUACCCAUGCUCCACCUACCAAUGCAAACAAGGAGGCAAUGACUUUACGCAAUCCCGAGAGAAACCUCUGGAGAGUCAUUGCAGUUAGUCUUUGGUCAGCUUGUGGAGGCUUCUCUGAUGCUGCUCCGGGUGCCCUUUUACCAUCAAUGGAAUCUCAUUACGAUAUCAGCUAUGCUGUUGUGUCGCUUAUUUGGAUGUCCAAUGCUGUUGGUUUCAUCCUUGUUGCUUGUUUCUCCCAUAAGAUCAUCCCCUGGUUUGGUAAGAGAUGGUCCAUUACCUAUGGAAUCUUUCUGUCAGUUGCAGCUUACUCAUGCAUUGCUAGUGGAGGACCAUUUCCACUCAUUUGCUUUGGCUUUUUCUUGGGUGGAGUUGGUUUGGCGACAGUGUUGGCACAGUCGAAUGUGUUCUUGUCAAAGUUAGACAAGCAGUCCAAAUACUUGGCCUUGUUCCAUGCUUGUUACGGUGCGGGUGCUACCAUAUCUCCUCUUGCUGCUACGAGUAUGGUCAAUAAUGGCAUCAAAUGGAAUUAUGUCUAUCUUAUUUUGCUUGCGUUGAUGUUGGUGAACUCUUUAAACGCUAAUUUGGCGUUCAAGGGUGCAGAAGAAGACUUAAAACCAUGGGAUCACGAUGAAGAGACUGAGAGAUUGAUUAACAGAUCGGCCGCUGAAGAAGAAGGAAUUGAACUUGAAGAUUCUCAGGCAUGGCAAAAUGGUGAAGACGUACUGCGUUCUUCCUCCAAGGGUCCAAGUGAUAUGGUUCUCGCUUUGAAGAAUGUUCCAACUUGGUUCAUUGCCCUUUUCGUUUUCUGCUACCAAGGUGCAGAAGUGUCGCUUGGAGGUUGGAUUGUUACCUACCUUUUGGACUACCGUGGUGCCAAUACCAGCUUUGGUUACGUUCUGUCUGGUUUCUGGGCGGGUUUGACCAUCGGAAGGCUUCUUUUGACGCGUCCGUUGCAUAAGACUCUCGGGCUUAGAAAGAGUAUCAUUAUUCUAGCGCUCAUGGCCAUAGGUAUGGUUGUUUUAUCCUGGGUGGUGCCAAACAGCGUCGCUGUGGGUGUAUUUGUUGGCCUUGCGGGAGUCUUUAUUGGCCCCACAUACCCACUAAUGAUCACUGCAGUGUCGUUCAUUGUGCCUAGAAAGAUUCAAGUUGUCAGCUUGACUAUUAUGACGGCCUUUGGUUCUAGUGGAGGAGCUGUUCUUCCAUUCGUUACCGGUCUUAUCGCAGAGACACAAGGUGCCUACGUCGUUUUACCUAUUUUCAUUGCAACAUACAGUGCCAUGUUAGGCUUCUGGUUCUUGUUACCAAAUGUGGAGCGGAAACCAGAUCAACCAAAUGAUGGUAAAUUAAAGAGAUUCUGGCACAGAGUAUGGUAA